AUGGAGAAUCCCAUAGACCAGGACUACUUGGAAAUCGAUCCAGGGACAGCCGGAAUGAACGGUAAGCAUCGACACUUGUUUAAAACAUAAGAUCGCUCAGGUGAAAUUAUCGUAGGUUAGCUGACGAUGUGUUUGAGAAAAUGAAUUAUUAGGGGUAAUUCUAAAUAUCUCUGUAGUUGCAGUACAACUGGGUCAUAUUAGAAGUGUAUAACUAUUUUAUACUCUUUAACCUGGAAUGAAAUGGAUAAAUUUGUAUCAGCAUAUAGCACAUUUCUUAUUGAAUCUGAAUAUAACAUGAUCUUUCAGUUCUAGCAAUUUUGAUGUUUUCUGUAGUUAUAGAUAAAGCACUCAGAAUAUUAUUCACUUGUCAAUGUGGAUUGUGGUGUUUUGUGGAGAACGAUCAUGCAAUGUAUAUAGUAUAUGCCUACUUUGCUUGUUUAAUUGUAUUUGCUUGAAAUCGUAUGUAAGAAAGAACUGUAGACAUUUUUAUACUAAUGUACUAUGCAAUGACACUCCAGGAUAGAUUAAUUUAUAAAAUAUGUUUAUUGGUAAAAUAAAUGUGAUAUAUGUACAACAUUUCCAACCAGUGAAUAGUCAUCAGCAGAUAAGUGGUGAGUUUUAAAGUGUUGAAUAAGUUAGUUGAAAUUCAUCCAAUAGUUUUAUGUAAUCACUCUGAAUGAAGUUCCAGAACACUUGUAUCUGAUGAUGCAGUCUACAAACUCACCAGUGAAUUAUAAGAAUGUGUAGAAUUAAAUUGCCAUACUAUACUUUACACAUAAAAAUCCACCCACUCAUUUCUAAUUAUUAAUAUAAUAGUAACUCAUCUAACUCAUCUCACAGUUAACUAAACAACAAACUGAUUUCAUAUAAUUUAGAAAAUAGAUCACACUAAUCCUGCAAAUUGUACUGGAUAGGUAUGUUGCAUUUUAUAUAUAUGUUCUACAUUUAAUUUAUAAGUAGGGUUAUUUACUAAAGUGAGUAUUCAAGGUAAAUUCAAAGUAAAUUUUAAAUUUAAGGCAAGAUUAAUUGAAGCAUAGCUGACUUAAAGAAUUUUUCCAUUUCAACUAUUUUGGCCUUAACUUUAAAAUUCACCUUGAUGUAAUCUUGUAUUCUCACUAUAAUGAAUAACCCCCCAGUAUCUAUAUAUUAUAUAGGAUUACAUAUUACAUAGGAUAUUACAGAUAGGUUCUUGUUUUAUUGUUCCAUAAGGGUUUGUUUUCUGUUUAAGACUAGUAAUGAUUUUUUUUUUUACUGUGUAUAAUACGUGUAUUAUUUCAUAAUAUUUUGAUGUCAUAAAAUGUAUUUUAGAGCAAUUAUUAGCAGUUGUAUUUUUAUUGCACCGCCAUAUUUCACAGUACCUGACAGUCAUACAAUGUGGAUAUUCACGACAAAAUAAAUGUCAGACAGUCAUUUUAUAGAUAAAAUCAAAUGAGUUUCUUAUCUUUCAUAUGUUUCUUAGUCUUGUAGUGUUAACGAGAAAUACUUAAAGUAUGUAUUCUUGUAACUAUAUGCCCAAUUGAUUUAAUAGUAUUCAUUUUCUUUUAAACUGUAUAAAGUAUUCAGUAACAUAAAGAGAUAAAACUUUGAAUAAUUAAAAGGAAAUACAAUGGGAUUGACAGGAAGUCACAUAACAUAGACAGGGCUAUUUAGUAAGGUGUGAACAAUCAGGAUGUCAAACCGAAUUUAACAUUUUAGGCCAAAAUAGCUAAUUGGAACAAUUCUUCAAGUCAGCUAUGUUUGCCUUUUUGGCAUAAAAUGUAAAAAUCACUUGGAAUUUCUGACAGAUUGGACUUUAGCAUAUAAACCUGAAUGUAGUUUAGUGAUAAUUUGGAAUGAAUCCAUGAAAUAAGCCAAAUUUAACAUCCAUGUUGACACCACCGAUCCCUUUUGAUUCAAAAAGGGAAAAUGUGUUUUUUUAUCCCAAGCGGUAAUCCAGUUUAAGAGCUUCAUAUAUGGAAAGAGCAGUGUAUUGAAGGUUGUCUAUUAAAAGGAGCAAUUGCUAUGAAAACCAAUGGAAUGCUUCAACAAACUGUUCAACUUAGAAUUGUGCCCAAACACUGCACGUUCCAGGACCCUUCAGUGCCCCUAUGUAUGUUUUCCCAGUUUUCCUCCCUGUCAGCUAAUCACUUCUUACCAAUGUACAAUGAAUUGUAGAUUGUAGGCAAUCUAACAGAAUAUUCAUUUUAUCGCACACAGAUCCAGACGAUACAAAUGGAAAAAGAGCUGGAAAGACUAGACGAAACCGCACAGUUUAUAGCAAAAAACAAUUGGAAUUAUUAAAUAGAGCAUUCCAGAAAAACCGAUAUCCAGGCAUAAAAGAAAGGGAAGAAUUGUCUGUACUCAUUGGCGUGAUGGAGUCCAGAAUUCAUGUAUGUAAUAGACAUUGAUGAAUAACUUUCCUGUAUUUUUUCCCCUCCUUUUUUAACUCAGAUAUCCCAACCAAAAACAUAGCACAAUACAGGGUUCACUAAAAUGUAUAAAAAUUUAGCAAAUUAAAAUUGAUAUAUUGAUAUAAUAUUUUUAGAUUUUGGCAGGGCCCUCUUCAACUACUCUUCCAGUAAAUUUCAGUGAAAACUCAGCUAGAACUUCAGGAGUGGGGGGUGUUGGGGAGGGAGGUGUGAGACUAGCAACUGUUAGCUUGGGGAGUGAGUGAGGGGGGUGGGCAGUACUAAUAAUGGUUUCUACUCACAGAUGUCAGUGCGGAUGGUCCUACUCAUGUUGAGCAUGAUAUAUAUAUAGUUUUUUUUGUUGUUGUUUAUAAAUUCUUUAUUUUUGACAAGUUUUUCUUUCUCUUACAUAGACAUUAUUCAUAUAAUAUUUAUACGUUUUUGAAUUAAAUAAUGCGUAUUUUGAUACAUAUGAAUAAUUUAAAAUUUUACAUUAUAUAAUACAGAAUGUAAACAUAUAUUAUUUCAAAUAUAUUUCUCAUACAUACAUGCAUACAUCCAUUCAUACAUAAGUGGGGAGGGGACAAGAGGGAUAAAAUCUCUGUAAGAUUCAUUAUCUAUAUUGAAUAGAAUAGUUAGAGGUAGUUUAGGUAUUUUAAUCUUCUGGGUUAUAUUAUUGCAUAAUUAUAUAUUUCUUCCAUGGUUCCCAAUUUUUCUCGUAUUUCUCCAAUGUACCAUUUACUAAGAAGAAACCGUGUUCCAUUUUGUAUUGAUAUAAAAUUUGGUCACAUAUAGCUGUCCAUUUUAAAUUUAUGGUUUUCAAAUUUAGAGCUAUUACUAUUUUAGUUGCAAAAAGAAUAUGUAUUACUAAAUAUUCUUGUGCUUUAUUACGCUGUGGGCAAUCUAUAUUUCAUAAGAACAUAUAUAGAGUAAACUUAUUACUAUUAAUUAUUAUUCAUAAACAGGACUUAAUUUCAGAUUAAAUUUUUUGCUAACUCUUCACACUCCCACCAAAUAUGUGCUAUGGUACCUUUUUCUAGAUGGCAUCUCCAAUACUUAUCUGAAUUAUUUCUGGAGAUUUUAUCAAGACGCAUAGGAGUCAGAUACCACCUAUAGAUUAAUUUAUACUGCAAUCCUAUUAUAGAAAUACAGUGGAUCGUACGAGACACUUGAGAAAUUCCUUUGAACCAAUCUUCCAUUGGAAAGACAAUAUUUAGUUCAGAUUCCCAUUUACGUAUUGGUGCAGGUUUAAUUCUUUUCUCAGGUAUUGGAUAAUUAGAAUUUAAUAAAGUUAGUAUUUUAGAUAGUAAUUAUUAUUUUUUUUAUAAUAAGAGAAAACAAACAUAUCAUCUAGCCAAUGGUGCGAUAGGUAUUCUUUAUCCAUCAAAAAAAAAUUAGGGAAAAAAAAGUAGGGAAAUAUCUCUCUAUUCAAAAGUGAGUAUCGUUGUUGAAAUAAGUUGAAGGACAUAAUUUCCCCGUCUAUUAAGAUAUCUGAAAUUUUUUGGAUUCCUAAUGUUCUCCAAGUUAGUAGAUUUAAAUCCAUUAUAUAAUAUGAGAGUACUUCAAUGGGAGCUUCAUACAAUAAUUUAUUUUUUAACAUACGUUUCUUCUUUAGUUUAAUCAGCAUAGUUAUCAUAUCAUUAAUUAUAUGAUUUAAUAUGGACUUAAAGUUUAUUGCUGACAAAUUUGACCAAACUUUCUUUGAGAUAUCACGUAAAUCCAUAUCCUUUUUUUCAAAAUGGAAACAGUCUAAGUCUUUUUUUUUUCAAAUUCAAACAAAGAGUAAAGUGGUUUAACAUAGCUACUUCAUGUAGAUAAUAUAUAUUAGGAUUCCACCCCUCCUUCUUUUUUAGUCUUAACUAAGAUAUCAUUGGAUAUUCUUGGAUGCUUUCCCCUCCAAAUAUAGUCUUUAAACAAUAUAGCAAAUUUGCCCAAUAAUUUAGAAUCAACUUUGAGGGGGAUGGUUCCAAACAAGUAGAGAACUUUAGGAAGUACAUAGGCGUUUACUAUAUUUAUUCGGCCUAACCACAAUACUUCUAAUCCUUUAUGGAAGGAGAAGUAUGAUGGCAAGGUAUUCAACAAUUCCAUAUAGUUGAAUUCUACCAUAGUGGGUAUAUCUAGUUUGAUCUUAAUUCCCAAAUAAUCUAUAUAUAUAUUUUUACAGUCAAAUUGAUAUUUAGAUUUCAUCAGCUCUAAGUUAGUAUUAGAAACAAACUUAAAAUUUGAGAUUUCAAAACAUUUAUUUUAUAGUUUGAAAUUUUACCAAAUUGAUUAAUGGAAAUAAUGAGUGCGUCAAUUGAUUCUACAAGGUUUGUCAUGCACAGGAUGGCAUCAUCUGCAUAUAAAGUUAUUUUGCUGUUUCUUACCUGUAGUCCUUGAAUCUGUUCAUUUUUCCUGAUUAAGAUGGCUAAUGGUACAAUUUUAAAGUAUGGAUAAUAGGGGGUUGCCAAUGGGCAUCCCUGCCGUGUUCCAUUUGAUAUAGCAAACCAAUUUGAUUCAAACAUUGGUCCAACGACUUUGGCUGUUGGAUUUGUAUAUAAAGACAUAAUAUUAUCUUUAAUUUUGCCUUUAAAACCGAAUGAUUCCAAAACUGAUUCUAAGUAUGUCCAAUUAACUCUAUCUCUAAGGCCAAAAAGGCUAUUUCAGUUUUGGAUCUUUGUGCAAUAUGCAUGAUGUUUAUUAUCUUACGGGUGUUAUCUAUUGGAUUUCUGUCCAGGACAAACCCUGAUUGAUCUUUAUGAAUAAUCUGGGGAAUGAUCUGUUUAAUUCGGUUUGCUAUAAUUUUUGAGAAAAUUUUUAAAUCUAAAUUAAUUAAAGAUAUUGGUCUGUAACUGGACUGGAAGUUAAUGUGGCAUCCUUUCCAGGUUUUAAGAUUGGAGAUAUCGUGGCUUGAAGCAUCUUCCUAGGAAUUCCAUUAUUUGAGAAACCCUGAAACAUGGUUAAAAGAGUUGGUAUAAUUAUUUCCUGAAAUUUCUUAUAAAAUAUUGCCGAGUAGCCAUCUGGACCUAGGGCCUUACUAGGUUUAAGUUCUGAGAUUACCAUUUGAAUCUCUGUAUAUUAAAAUGGUGCGUUUAAUUUAUCUAAGUCUUCUUCUGUUAUUUUAGUGAUUUCAAGGUUACUCAUGAAGUUUUUAAUUUUAAUUUUGUUUAAUUGGCAAAGGUUUCCACUAUAUCUUUUGUAGAAUAUACUGAUUUAUUAUUUACAAUUAAUUUAGAAAUAAUUUUUUAUUAUCAUAUUUCAGUUUAUUUGUAAGAACCUUCCCUGCUUUGUUAUUAUUAUGAUACCAUCUUUGUUUAAAGCGAAGGAUGGCCUUAUCCACUUAACAGAAAGUAAACAAACAGUAACAAUGUCAAUGCAAGUUACAUUUUAUUAGUUACAAAUUGUUAAAAUUAAUAAUUGAUAUUAAAAAUAUAUAUAUAUAUAUAUUUUAUAACAGAGACCAACCAAUAGAAAUGGAUAAUUUUGUUGUAUUUAUUUAGAUGAAAAUUAGGUAUUGACUUUUUAUUAUUAUUAAUAAUAAUUACUAAUGGAUUAUAUCUAUUUUGUACCACAGGUUUGGUUCCAAAAUAAGAGAGCCAGAAAGAACAAACAAAGAAAAAGUGAGGAAGAAAAUGCAGAAAAUGAAGAUACAUUAAGAUUGCAUAGGCCUCAAGACACCAGGACUGUGAGACCUGAGAAGAAAUGCAAUAAAGUGGCUCAUCCUUCCAUGUACAACAGUUAUGUGGGCCAUCCAGUGCAUCCCUAUGCUCCAAAUAUCUACAUUUAUAAUGCAAAGAGUUCUCAAGGACCACUUACCUCCAGAAAUAACACUUACCAGGAUAUUCAAGCGACACCUGCUGGACAAUUAAAUGGAUACACCAAAUACGUACAGCAGUAUAAUUACCCGAUUCAGCAUGUGCCCUACAGCUAUCUUCCAGUUAAUGUCAAUAACCAAGGAGGAAGUGAAUCUGCAUACGUCUCUUCAUAUGCAAACCCAGGGGAGAUCACUCAACAAAGGGAUGAACAUUACUCAUUGGAGGAGAUACUGGAUGAUGUGCAAUCCAUUCUUAUCGAUGACACGGAAAAGUGCACUGGAAACAUAGAUCAUGUGCCUUACUUUGAUGUGUAA